CUGACUUUUCCUUUAGCUUUCUACAACGGCAGCUGUUGCUUCAGUCUGAAGUAAAGUGACAGAUUGUGUAUAUCACAAACAUUCAUUUUUACUACAGAACGCUGUACAACGCGCCUAUCCUCUGCCGAAAGAUCCCGAAUCUUGCCUCGCCGAUUCCAAAGGGAGCCGAGGGAGAACCGAUGCUCAGCGCAUAGACGAGAGCCGCUGUUUCCAUUUCACCAUCGCUUUAACAGCCCUAUCAUGUUGGUCAUUUUCCUAGUUUCCAUUAUUUAAACAAUGACUGAGGCUGGAUUCCGAACGACUUGACAUGUCCGUGAAAUAUAUGGUAUCUGGGGAUUUAUCACCGCAAACAAGGAUUUUUUCAAUCUCAUUAAAGACCAAACAAGGCGGGUACAUGUUUAAAUAUAGAGCGCCUACAGGCACAGUGUAGGCUACAUAUUUUCACAUAAGAUCUGUGAACGGAGUCCGCAUAUACAUUCAGUUGGAUAUGCAAAAGGAUGUAUUAUCACUGAAAAGAUAAAGAGAGCUCUUUGCGCUGGAGACUAGAAUGGUCGAAAAAAGGCGUCUCUGGUUUUGAUGGAGAAUCCAACAAGCAGAGCAAGAUCCGUAGACCCUCAAUAAAAGUGUCUUGUGCUGGAGCCUAAUAAGACCACCGUUAUUUUCAGAAUUUAGAUGUAUUUACCAGUAACAGGAUCCAGUUGAUGACAUUCACCGAGAUAUAAGUAUUUGAAAACAGCCGUAAUUGUCAGCAAUUCGAAUUUACUCAUUUGUUCUAUUCUGCCAGUGUGAUGGGAAUUUAUUGCUGAACAUUGGGAGAGCUUUAUGGAAAACCUGAAGACAUGACAUGCACACGAAAAAAGAGGAAACGAUCCUUUUUGUUCUUUAAAACCUGUGUUUAUUUAAGAAGUCUGCAAAAAGAGACAUUAUUUUUGCAUUGAGAUCUGGCCGAUUCUAUGGAGGUGACAAUACCCUGUAUUAAUUAUUUAAUCUAUUCUUUAUGUUUUCAGUCAUUUAUCAUUGUGGAUUAUAUUUGGAAUUGACGCUCGUUUUGUUGAACCCUCUAUGCCAUUUACUGUUGCUUUACUUGAUUUUGAAUCCUUAUAUAUAUAUAAUGUGGACCGCAACAAGCUCCCCAAACGGCCUAGAAUAAAACCGUAAGCCUUUGUCUCGAGGACAAGUAUAAUACCUGAGGAGGACUGGGGUCACCAAGGAACACUGGGACACGAGGAACUGCGGUAGCACUUCGUAAUAACUAAGGAGCUGACGCUGUAAGAACAAGAGGCACCGAGGGGUAGCGCUACAGGAACCGAGGGGCUCAGUGCAAAAUGGGGCAAUGCAGAGUGAAGCACUCUGGUUCCAUGUGAGCUCCAGAGAAGAGGCAACCACGAGGACGAACGAAAGGGCAGCUGGAGGAGGAGGAGGUGGCGGAGGAGGAGGAGAGGGAGAAGGAAGAGGGGUGGAUUUCAGGAGAAAAGAGGGCUUGACACGGGAGCCAAAGGGAUGGCCAAUGGCAACGAGAGUAGCGAGGGGCUUGGCGGUCCCAUGGCUGCAGUGGUGGCCACGACGGGAGGAAUGGCAGUCGGGGGCCCAUCGUCGGUCGUGUCCACAUACAUCAAACUGGUCCUACUGGGUCUGAUCAUCUGCAUCAGCCUGGUGGGCAACCUGGUGGUGUCUCUGCUGGUCCUCAGGGACCGGGCCCUGCACAAGGCCCCCUACUACUUCCUGUUGGACCUGUGCCUGGCCGACACCAUCCGCUCGGCCGUCUGCUUCCCCUUCGUGCUGGUGUCCAUUAAGAACGGCUCGGCCUGGACCUACAGCGUGCUCAGCUGCAAGGUGGUGGCCUUCAUGGCCGUGCUCUUCUGCUUCCAUGCCGCCUUCAUGCUCUUUUGCAUCAGCGUGACACGUUACAUGGCCAUCGCCCACCACCGCUUCUACUCCAAGCGCAUGACCUUCUGGACGUGCGUGGCAGUGGUGUGCAUGGUGUGGACGCUGUCAGUGGCCAUGGCCUUCCCACCCGUCUUCGAUGUGGGCACCUACAAGUUCAUCCGCGAGGAGGACCAGUGCAUCUUCGAGCACCGCUACUUUAAGGCAAACGACACACUGGGCUUUAUGCUGAUGCUGGCCGUGCUGAUCUUGGCCACACACGUGGUCUACAUGAAGCUGCUGCUCUUCGAGUACAAGCACCGCAAGAUGAAGCCUGUCCAGAUGGUGCCAGCCAUCAGCCAAAACUGGACCUUCCACGGGCCCGGCGCUACCGGCCAGGCAGCAGCCAACUGGAUCGCAGGCUUUGGCCGGGGUCCCAUGCCACCCACCCUGCUGGGCAUCCGGCAGAACUUGCACAACCAGAACCGGCGCCUGCUGGGCAUGGAGGAGUUCAAGGCAGAGAAGCAGCUUGGCAGGAUGUUCUAUGUGAUCACCCUGUUGUUCCUGGUGCUGUGGUCGCCCUACAUAGUGGCCUGCUACUGGCGGGUGUUUGUCAAGGCCUGCACCAUACCGCACCGAUACCUCUCCACCACCGUAUGGAUGAGCUUUGCCCAGGCAGGGGUCAAUCCCAUCGUCUGCUUCUUCCUCAACAAGGACCUGAAGAAGGGGCUCCUGGCCCACCUGCCAGCCUGCUGUAGGACUAAACCUCAUCUGCCCCGAGAGCCUUACUUUGUCAUGUGAGGGCAGUUGUUACCUGGGGAGGGUGUGGAGGGGCGGUGGCAGGGAUGUCUGUGAGUGGUUGGGAUGGCAUGAGGGACCAUUUUAGUUGUUGUGGCCUUUGAUUUAAAAAAAUGUCUUUCCUUUUUUAUAAAUGGCCUUGGUCAGGAAACAAAUUUAAGAGAGGGAUUCCUUCUACACACAGACAGAAUACAAGACUAAACCAACAACUCAAACAGUCUAUCUCAGAUGCAUGUUUGUAUUCUUCAUUUUAAUGUGGAACCUAUGAAACUGGUAGGCAGUCUUUAAACAGGCGAGGCCAAGAGAAUGAUCAUUCUGGGCCUGCUAUUGUGAAUGAGAUUGAAGUGAGGGUGACAGUUUUUCUGUAGGUCUGGGCCUGCUAUUGUGAAAGAGAUUGAAGUGAGGGUGACAGUUUUUCUGUAGGUCUGGGCCUGCUAUUGUGAAAGAGAUUGAAGUGAGGGUGACAGUUUUUCUGUAGGUUGUGGGGACAACCUGGUCAUAUUUCUCAGUCACUCCCUCGUCUGUUCUCUCAGACCAAAAAUAUCAGAUGGUCCUCUGACAAUUUGCUAGUGAAUGACUAAUAGGAGAGUGUUCCAGCACUGCUUCCUUCCUUCAUCCACUUGAAUCAAAGGCAUCAUUAAUACAGUCAAACAGAGAAAUUAUGAGUUUUGUACAAAUAGUAUAUUCAGGCACUGUUGGCUUCAUUUGGAGUUUAUUUGGGGUUUCUAUUACAUUCUAAUGUGGUCUAACACUUCAGAUGAGUACACUAUUGGAUAUGGGAAAAUGUUAAAAGAGCUGCCAUCGACAACAGUUUGAUCUUGUGUUCAUUAUCGUUUAACAGAAAUGAGCAGAUAAUAAUUGUGAAGUGCUAAUAGGCAGACAGAAUUAUGAAAUGCAUGUUAAGCUGAUAUGUGUAAUCACAUGAUUUCUGAGGAUAGCUUAAACAGACCAAUGCCCCAAUCAGUGACAAACUAAGAACUUGAGACCACACAAAAAUCUAUGAUAAAUUGACAGAAAAUGCUCCAUGCUCUUGCCAAAUUCCUUUUGCUGUAGGUGGUAUUGUUGCAGAUGACUGAACCUUUGAAUUUUUUUUCUUCAAUCUGAAAUUGUUUAAAAAGAGAGUUGAUAGAAAAUGUUCAUAAAACCUAAACCAGAAUGUUUAGACCUUCAGAUAAAGGGAUAAAGAUCAUCACUUCACAUGAAGGUCUUUGUAGAGAGGUGGGGGAAAAUUCAGCCCAUUUAUAUUUUUGCACACAUUGAGGAAUUGAUGAUAAAACCUUUUUUUUUUCUUAACAUGAUUUAGACUUGAACCAGAAUGCUAACUAAGUGUAGGCCGGGACACAGAGAUUGUAAUAUCUUAAGUGAAUGUCAAGCAGAGGUCUGGAACAUGAUACUAUCCCUUCGUGGGUACAAAUGUACAUUUAUUUUAGUUUUCAAAAUGCUCUAAUGUUGUCUGCAAACAAUAACAACAACAAAAACUAACAAUAACAAUGAAGCUACAGAUAACUGAAUUGUUAUUUCUAUUAUCUGCAUUAUGGCCUUACUCUUCGCUCUCUCUCUCAAAAAAAAAAAGGUUUGUUUAUAACCAAUGCAAGAAAGAGUUGACAGCUGUAUGCCUCUAUGUGUUAAAGUAAUAAACAUAAAGAGAUUAUUCCAACUAAUGGGGAAACACAAUACUGUGUAAGUAAUUAUUUUCGGAGGACACAUCUCUCCCCCUCGCAACCUUAAAAAAAACACCAGUCAAAAACUUUAACAAGGAUGGUAAUAAAGAAAGAACGCUUGCCAAAUUGUAACACAGGAGUGUGCAAUUGUGUGUAAAGGACAGAGGAAACUUUAAUUCAACAUCGACAAUUAAUGGAAUUAACAAAAGCCCUUCCUGGAUUAUUGUGGAUUUAUUUUAGACUUUUUGUUGUUGUUUAUUUUCUUAUCAGUCAGUGGGGGGCUGAGGCUGGUGUUGUGUAUUGAUCUGUGAAAACAAGGAUUAAAAAAAUAUGUGUGGAUUUUGGGGUUGGUUGUUGUUGGGGAGGUAAGGAGGGAGACCGGGCGUGAUCUUUUGAUAAGCAGAAAUGCCUGACAGUGCUUUUUUAGUUGCUUCAGGCACACUAUCUUUUGUAAAUUAUCUAUGACCUCCGUACUAUUUAAUGUGUAUUAUAUGGACAAUGGACUGACUUGGAAUUGAGGGGGGGAGAAGGGGGUUCCUGGUCAUCACAUUUUUACAACACGUGUGUGUGAGUGUUUCUGUACGCAAGUAUGAAUGUGCGUAUGUUUAGAGGCUAGAGGGAUGAAAACAAAGGACAUGUGGGAAAUAGGAAUGGCCAGAAAUUUUGCAUUUUGAAAUGACACUCCUGCAAAUGCUUAUUCAGUCUUUUUCAUCCUCAGCCUGUUCCUGACACAGAGAAUUGAAUGUGCUAAAACCAAUGAGGUUCAUUCUAAAAAUCUGAGGCGAGUGUCUUCUUAAACCAUUCAACUGCAGAGCCUCAAGAGGUAGCCCAUAACAUUUUAUACACAGGCAGUUCCUCUAAAUUGGACUACAGAGCCUUCUAUCUCAAUGGAGAUUCUGUUCUUGUAUACAUGUAUGGGAAUAUGAAGGGUGAAGUCCGUUUGAGCUUGUGUCUUGGGGCGAGUGGUUCUAUCCACAUAGCUUCUAUGAUUAUUGCACUCUUAUUAUGUUCCAACGUUUCUCAGUGAAAGGAAUAACUUUUAUACAUGAUCCUGGCUUGGGGUUUAAAUUUGAAAUACACUGAGUUAUGUUGGUCAUAGAACUAACAUUCUAAUACAUUUCUAAUUUCUGCCUCUUCUGUAGUGUUUUGACUUUGCAAAAGCCCAAAGCCAGCCAAAACCCAAUUUGACAUCUGAAUGUCUUAUUUAAUAACUCACUGAUUUUACAGUGUGGCUGUAGUUAUUAUGACCCUGUAUGUGGAGAGACUACAUUAUGGAUGAAAAGAAAUGUAAAGACAGAAAAAGCUGUCUCAGAGACAUGUGCAACCACAGUGUUAUUAUACAUUAAAUCUAUGAAAAGACAAGACUCGUAAGGAUAGUCCUGUUUGUCUCUGAAUAGUGGAACAAAUCCUGAAUCUCAGAACUGAAAUACUUUUGACUUUGCCCUUUAAGCUGAACCACAAAAUGUCAAAGCUCACGAAAACAAAUCUGCAGUUGAAUAUCAAAUCUAAAAUAGCAGAGGUUUAAAGGAUACCUAUGUAAAUGUCUUUGGGCCCCUACAUAUCUUGGAAGUCAGAGGGUGUGGUUUCCAUAUAUUUUCUGUAUUAUAUAAAAAAUAAAAACUGCCUGAGCUGUUUAAGCACG